GGGCUCAGUGUGCAGAGCAGCUCUGUGGCACGCUCACUGCAGGUGAACCUGCUAAUCGACGAGGUCUCUGCCAGCAGGACUCAGAGUAUUUUUGUUUUUUCCCACAGGCGUUGUCUGGUGCAGACUGGAGCAGCGCUGCUCGAGCCAUGGAGGGAGUGUGUGCUGCAGUUUGCACGGCUUUUUCCGUGGCUUAUUCUGGGUACUUUCUCACCCACCUGGCACGUCACAUCACCCGUGCCUGGAGAGAAUCCGGUCUUUGGAGCCCGACACCAACCUCGGAGGAUCCUCUGGCUGCGUGUCUUCCUGCAGAAGAGGCCAAAGAAGAGGAAGAUGCUCCCCAAACUGUGCCUGCUGCCACUGCAGGGCCUGAGCAUCCAGCAUCAAGCACAAGGGCAGCGUCAGCACCUGCUCUGGCAGCCUCUGUACCCGAGGAAGAGGCUGAAGAGGAGGAAGGUGCCAAUGAACCUGGCCCUGCUGUCAGCCCAGAGCCGGAGCAAACAACACCAGUAAGUGCCCGCUUUGGGUAGCAGCGUCUUUGGUGUCAUUUUGUCCGUCAUGUAAAAGCAGCCUUUGGAUUUUGUGCCUUGAGCUGUUGAAGCGGGUGCACAAGCUGAGAGGUGAAGAGCCCUGGGUGUGGCCAGCAGCAUCUUCCUAGGGGCUUGCAUUUGAAAUGGGAUGGGAGGGGCAUCUCUGCCAGGCACAUUUGUGACCCAAAUUCAUUUCUUGUCCCAGAGCUCCAUCGAAUCUGUCCUGGCACCUGCACGAGCUGCAGCUGAAGGCUCGGGAGAAGGCUCCAGUGCCCAGGCUGGAAGC